AUGCCAGCCCACUGCGCUGUGGUAAACUGCAGCCAUAAAUAUGUGCACGCCGGCAGCAUUUCCUUCCACAGGUUUCCCUUUAAGCGGAAAGAUCUCCUCCAGAAGUGGAAGGACUUCACGCUGCGGAGUGGUCAGUGGAUGCCAUCCAAGUGGAGCGCGGUGUGCAGUCGGCACUUUGUUGACGAGGACUUCAAUUGCAGCAAUAACAGGAAAACACUGAAAAAGAAUGCUGUGCCCUCGGUUAGAGUUUCAGGAGGAGAUUCCCCGAGCUUCCACGUGGAACAGGUGUCCCCCACUAGCAGGCCCAACCACAAACAAACCCUGGCCAGUGCCGCCGAGUCGCCGGCCACAGGUGUUAAGGCCACCUGCCGCUUCUGUGGCUCCUCUGCCACCAACUGCUCUUCGUUCGACAAGAGUUUCGAACUCUUCGGCAUGAUCCAGAAGUGCUUUCCCACCCUUCAGAUCCUGCAGGACGACACCCUGCCCAAGGAUAUAUGCAAGGAGUGCUGCCUGCAACUGGAGCGCUUUUCCCAGUUCAUCGAUGUGGUGAUGCUGGCGCAGAGUGAGCUGCAAAGGAAAUACCGCCGCCAGCUGAAGAUCAAGCAGGAACCCUUUGUCCGUGUGAAGCAGGAGGCCUGCGAGAGCCUGGACAAUCUGUUUCCCGACGAACUGGACAUGGGCCUGGAGCAGGACGAGGGCUGCGAUCAGGAGGAAACAGAGCAAAAGUUCCAAUUCUGCGAUUUUCCCAUGCUAAACUCGCAGGACAUUAUCAACAAUUGUGAUAUCAUGGAGAUAAUCAAUCUGGAUGAUCCGUUUAUUAAUAUUCCGGACGAUGCGGAUGUGGGACAGUCGGAGAGAACACAGCCUGGGAGGUCGGCUAAUGAGAUGCUGCAAACGGAACUGUUGACCGAGGAGCAUAAUUAUGCCAAGGAGGAGUGGCAACUGCCGCCGCAUCAGUACAAAACGGAGAAGGUGGAGGACACGGCUCAGCCACCUGUGGAUCCACCUCUGAUUAAUGAUCCCGAAGCUCGCUCCUGCAAACCCAUUGUGACCAAUGUAAGCCAAAUACCCAAUCCUUUGAUCUGCGAGCUGCUGCCACCACCCCCACCUGCCGCCCCUCCAACUUCCAUCAAACCCAACAUCGUAGUGCUAAACGACAGCGUAGUCGAAUCCUCAGCGGCCUUCCGGCUGCACAACUGCACCUUGUGCACUGCUAAAUUUAUAACAAUAGAUAGCUUGAAUCAGCAUUAUACCCAUAGUCACAGCAAUACCACGCCCAUGGUCAGCGUUCCCCCGAUGAAUAUCAACCUGCCCAGCUUGACUAUGAAUCCCCCCAUGAAACUGGAGAGCAACCGGGGAUUUGUGGCAACUGAGCAAUUGGAUUACUGGCAGUCAGAGUGGCAGAAUAGUCCGAUAUCAACGCAACCCAGGAAGAAGAUUGAUAUACUGGACAUGCAGAGCAGUUUCCUGCAUCACAAAGAUCUCAUACCCACGGCAACUCAACUCACAGCACCUCCUCCUGAUCCUCAACUGGUCGCCGUGACCGCUAACUAUGCUAAACUAGCAGUUAGAUAUCGCAAAUUGCAGCUGAAAUGUAAGAAUAUGAAAAAUCCUAGGAAGAGACGUCGGAAAACUUAUAUAUGCCGGAUGUGCAAGAGGGGAUUUUCCAGUCUUAGGAAGUUACACCACCAUCGUCGCUUAAAAGCGCACUUUGUCAAGCUAAUACCAAGCUUUUCCGCUCGCUGUGGUGGCUGUUCAAAGUUCUUUCGAUCCCGCCUGGGACUUCGACAGCACAUGCGGUACAUUUGUCAAUCGUUGUCGCUCAAAAACCAUCGACGCCUUCAGAGCUUCAAGUGCCGCCACUGCCAAGCGAUCGCCUUUGCCCACUGGCGCCUGUACCGCCGUCACGAACUCAAUUGCAGACUACGAAAAUCCAAAAUUAAGGUCCAGAUACCAAUGAAUUCAAAAAAGAAAGUUGCCUCCGCCCGGAUUUAUGUGUGCAAUAUUUGUAAAAAGACAUUUGGAUCGCUAAACGGACUCCGCCAGCAUAAUAUUACCCACUCGACGGAACGGCAGCACAAGUGUGGCAUUUGUGACCGGGUUUUCAAGCGGCGCAACGGACUGUCGCAACACAUUAAGGGCUACCACCUGCAGCUCAAGCCGCACGAGUGUCCCGUCUGCCAGCAUCGCUAUGCCCUGAAAUGUGAUAUGUUGAGGUGCAGACAUUCCCUUCGCAAAGGGCCAGCUGCCGGGGAGUAACGGAAGCCCAGGAGAUGACUGAUAAAUGGAAAAGAUAUAGCCUCCCUGGUAGAACACUUACGACAUGUGGGAUCCUCUAUUAACACGUGGACUCCGGACACCCCAUCGAAUUCUUGGCUCUGGAUUUUUGUAUCAGCACGAAGCAUGAAGUCACUCCAUGUGGCACUUAGUGGGUGGUCUCGCACUAUAACCCCCAAGGCAAUGAAAUGGUCGCAGCGGGAAGGAAAUUGCUGCUAGCCUUGGGCACUGGUGAUGAAGUCACCAUGUAUCAACACAUUGAAAUAUCGCAUGAGUGAUCAGGAACAAGGUUUCACAAUUUAAAGGACUCAACAAAUGAAGUAAAAGCUUUAAUGUUUACAAUGUAAGACGCUCUCCUAAAAUAAAAACAAUGAAAAUCGUUUCGUAUUAUAUA